GGAGAGAGAGAGAGGCGGAGAGAGACUCAGUCUGCCCUUCGCCUCAGAGCGCAGCCAGUUUGGGUCCCCGCAGCAUUCAACCGAGUCGAGGAGGUGCAGCCACCAAGAAUACUUUUUCCAGCGGUCCUUCAUUUUCAAGACGGAAACUUUUUCACUAAAAGCGAAAAAAAAGACAAAAGAAAGAAAGAAAAAGAGCAGCAAAAACGUCAACUAACUUAAAGUAUUUUGGGAAUCCUAAAAGACGGAGAGAAACUUUUGAUUUAUUGUUUGUUUGUUUUUUGCUUAUGUGACGAUUUUUUUUUUAUUUGUUUGGUGUGUUUUUUUUUAAUCCAAAAAGAAAAGAAAAGAAAAUCCAAGGCAAAAAUAUAUUUGCAAAUCAACAAACUGGUGGAGAUUAAUGGAGAAACGCUGAGAUUAUUAUUAUUUUUGAACAUCGCGCCACAAGUGCAGAGAAGAAGGGGGUCAGCUGCAUGGCUCUUUGGCGUCUGUGAUUCCUCUCCACAAACCAGACCGGGCUCCUGCGCACCUGCUCCAGCCACAGCAAAUAAAUGUGACUCGGUGUCGGACCGCCGUCUUCUUUUUUUCCGCCUUGCUCGACAGCGACCAGAGGCUCCUGCGAAGCUAUUGGACUUGAACUCCGAGCCUAGGAGGCGGGGUCUGAACUUAUUAAAAGGAACUUUCGGAGGCUCGGGCGCCAGCAAAUAUGAUGAUGAUGUCUCUGAACAGCAAGCAGGCUUUCACCAUGGCCCACACCAGCCUGCCCGAGCCCAAGUACUCCUCGCUGCAUUCGUCCUCGUCCUCCACUUUGACUUCCAACGCGCCCUCGUCCUCCUGCUCGUCCUCCCGCCACAGCAGCACCAUCAUCAGCAGCAGCGGCAGCAGCAGCAGCUCGGAGGUGAUGCGCAGAGCCUGUCUCCCAACCCCACCGAGCAAUAUAUUCGGAGGCUUGGAUGAGAGUUUGUUGGCCCGGGCUGAAGCUCUAGCGGCGGUGGAUAUAGUCUCGCAGACCAAGAGCCACCACCACCCUCCACAUCACAGUCCCUUCAAGCCGGACGCGACCUACCACACAAUGAACACUCUCCCCUGCACCUCCUCUUCCUCUUCGUCCUCGUCGGUGCCUAUCUCUCACCCGUCCGCCUUGGCUGGCCACCACCAUCACCAUCACCACCACCACCAUCACCAGCCUCACCAGGCGCUGGAGGGGGACCUGCUGGACCACAUCACCCCGGGACUGGCGCUGGGAGCCAUGGCAGGGCCGGACGGCUCGGUGGUUUCCACGCCUGCGCACCCAGCCCACAUGGCUGGCAUGAACCACAUGCACCAGGCGGCCAUCAACAUGGCUCAUGCCCACGGGCUACCGCCGCACAUGGGCAUGAACGACGUGGACGCCGAUCCCAGGGACUUGGAAGCUUUCGCGGAGAGGUUUAAGCAGAGGAGGAUCAAACUCGGGGUCACCCAGGCGGACGUGGGGUCGGCUUUAGCCAGCCUUAAGAUUCCCGGAGUGGGCUCCCUCAGCCAGAGCACCAUCUGCCGCUUCGAGUCCCUCACCCUCUCCCACAACAACAUGAUCGCUUUGAAGCCCAUCCUGCAAGCGUGGCUGGAGGAAGCCGAGAAAUCACACAGGGAGAAACUAAACAAGCCCGAGUUGUUCAACGGCGCAGAGAAGAAGAGGAAGCGCACGUCCAUAGCCGCGCCGGAGAAGCGCUCGCUGGAGGCCUACUUCGCCAUCCAGCCGCGUCCCUCCUCGGAGAAAAUCGCAGCGAUCGCUGAAAAGCUGGACCUGAAAAAGAACGUGGUGCGGGUCUGGUUCUGCAACCAGCGGCAGAAACAGAAACGAAUGAAGUACUCCGCAUGCGUCUAAAAAAAACGGGGGAAAAACAACAACAGAAAAACAAACACACACAAAAGACUUGGAACUGAAUAAAGAUUAUUUGUAUCAUAUUUCCUAACUCACACCCUCUUUUUCAAUCAUCAGACUCUGAACUUCAAAAAAAAAAAAAAAAAAAAAUCUUAAAAACGAACAAUGACUGAAAAGAGAGAAAAUACCCAACAGGACUCUCAGAGGAAGACGUGGAGUCCAAAAGGCAUCGUUUGACGGAGCAAGUAAGAACCACUGUUUCCACUUACUAUGCCUCACCUUUUUAACGCCAGCGCAGUCAGAAUUGCUUCGAUUUUUAGUUAUAAAUCAUUUUUAAAACGCUGAUUAUUGUUUCCCAGCGAAAGCAGCAUUUUUAAAUAUUUACUUGGACGCGAAACGAGGUUGUUCUAAUUCAAAGCACUUGGUUGGUUGUUACUAUUUUAGGCUUCUGAGCUACAUUUUCUUCCCUUGGAGUUCAUGACAAUGCAGUCUGACAUUUAUUCAGGUCCAUGGGGGGAUUAAGCGGACAGUUGGUCCUGAAAGCUAAUAUUAGAUUACUGCCAAAUAACCCUCUGUAAAUUAACACCUUACUUGUCAAACACUUCAUUUUGUGUCUAAAUGUGUUAUUCUUUCCAUCUAUUAUUUUAUAGUUACAAGUCAGGGAUCUGUUUUUUAGAUUCACGGCGUUUGGACUCAGAUAGGGUUAUUUCUAAGGCCUCGGUGUGCGGGAUGAUCAAAACAGAAUCAUUUGUGCAGAUUAUUGUAAUGAAAAUAUUAUUUUUAUUUUUAUUUUGACGGCCAUGUUUCGUUUACAAUCCAGCGUGGGGCCGGCUGUCUUAUGAACUAUUUAUUGGGUGAGGUCAUGUUUACUUCAUUAUAUAUUUAUUGGGAAUCCCCCCCACCUCCUCGUUUAGCUUGAGAAAAAAAUCAAAUUCUGACAGCAGCUUGGCUUGUUGUUGUGGUUUAAAGGGAAGGGACUGUGGAGUUAAAAAAAAUUAAAACUACAGUCUCAAAUUUUGAUGAUUUUUAACGUUCGAGAUGGCACAAUCCUUAUAUAUGAGAUUAAAUUAAAAAUUUAAAUUAUUAUUUUAUGUAUUUUUUUUCUGCUAUUUAUUUGUAUAAAUAUGCGCGCGUCAUGAUGAAAUCGUUGCUUGUUAAAAGAAUCACCUUGUUUUAAUGUUUGUUUUUUUCUUGAAGAGAAAAAGAAACUGCUUCAUGGAAGUAUACGUGUACAAUGUAAAUAUUUUCAUUGGAAUCAGUCGAUGCACAUAAAUAUAUCCGUACAGGUUUUUGCUGUAUUGCUGUUUAGCUGAGGUAACUUACUUCUGUAAUGUUUGUUGUUUUUUUGUUUCCUUUUUUCUUUUUCGGUUUCCUGGUUAAAUAUUUCUACUUAUUUAUUUCAUCCAUGUGAUCUUAAUUUAUUAAUUAUUGAACUGCAAUAUGUGUUUCAUUAAAGAACAAAUUUUAACAUUUAA